GAACGCACCAUCACAUGCGCGUUGUGCGGCUGUGUGUCAAGUCAGGAUUUUCGAACAUCACGCUGCGUUUUCUUCUUCUUUGCGAAAGCUGUCGAGUGUGCGCUUACGGAUUACCCGUCUGCCGUCGAGCCCGAUGCAGCAACAUACCGCAAAGAGUGAUGACAAUAACAGCUGUUGCAACUCGUCCCCUCGUCCAGAACUCGCGUCAGAGUCGAAAUCCUCUGAGAAUGCGACGACGGACACAAGUGAACCUACGGCGGAAUGCGAGAGCAACUCAGUUGGCAAAUCACAGGAUGCGUCUGCAGCUGCAACGGAGAUUGAUUCAUCCGACUCGUCGUCAACGGAGAAUAUAAACUUUACAGUGGUUUACAACAAGCAGAAAAUUAGUGUGGACUUUGCUUUAGAUGGUACAGUCGCCGAGUUGAAGAAGCACUUGCAAAAGAUUAUCUCGGUGCCACAAGCGAUGCAGAAAGUUAUGUUCAAAGGACUAGCCAAAGACGAUCAGACUCUUAGGAACUUGGGGGUAACAAAAGGUGCCAAAGUCAUGAUAGUCGGGUCAAAGCUGGAUGACGUGCUGGCAGUGUCAAUCCCAACGAAGCAAGAUCUCAUCGAUGAAGCCGUCUCUUCGGUCAGCAAGGAGCCUCUUUCCCAACAAAAAGUACACAGAAAAGUGUUGGACAAGGGUAUCCCGGAGGACGUGAUGCCAGGAAUACUAGACAGCAAGGAACCUUUGCCUGAAUUCCCACUAGCUGGAAUGUUGAACAAAUCUGGAGGGAAGGUCAGGCUGACGUUCAAAUUGGAACAAGAUCAGCUUUGGAUCGGCACGAAGGAAAGGACGGACAAGAUACCUAUGAAUUCGAUAAAAGGCGUUCACAGCGAAUCCAUUCACGACCAUCCCGAGUAUCACAUUAUGGCGAUACAGUUAGGCACUACGGAAGCCUCGAGGUACUGGAUAUACUGGGUUCCUGCACAAUACAUAUCCGCUAUUAAAGACGCUAUUCUUGGCAAGUGGUGUUACUUCUGAUCGAUAGUCGAUGGAAAUUUUCAUUUCUGUAAAAAUGAAACGUAAUCAGGUAAACAUUGACACGAAACACUGCUGUUACAUUGAUAAAAACUGUCAACUAGUCACUCACAUUUCUAACAGUAAGUAAUAAUUUAUUUCGAGUUGAAUUAUCAUCGUGAGAGUGUUCCCCCCAAUAAACGUAGUCUGUCCGUAUUAAGGGAAUAAUUUAUGUGACUAGUCUUGAUUUAUUGGGAAAAGAAAACUGAUGUAAUUACACCAUGCCAAUGUUUUAUAUUUUCAUAUUUGAAAUUUAAGUAUAUUUUGGAUUUUCUACGCAACUAAACGUAAGUUAGACAGUCUUUUACAUGAAAACUGUGAUUAGUAAAACUUCCAUAAUUAACAAUGUGUUGUGAUAUAUAUAUAAUAUGCUAUAUAUAUACAUACGUUUAACUAUGAACUAUUCAAUUCUCUCUUUAAUUUAUUAAGGCGUCGUGUUCGGCUUUCAAAUUUAUCAGAAACGAUGAGUUUUUCAAAAUUUGCAAAAAAAAAUAUUCGAUAUCUAUGACAAUGCAAAAAUCUCUUUUGUGUGUGCAAUAAAAAUCUGAUAUUCUCCGGUACGAAUAUUAUAGCACAGAAGAGUAAUAAUUAAUAAUAACAAGUUGAUUGUACUUAACUUGUGUUAAUACAUCGUUAACAUGCAUUGUCUGAUAAAGCGAUACCUCUUACCGAGUCCCGACUAUAGAUCAGUUCAAAUUGUAAUGUGUUGCAUUUAAAAGCCAAACUUUAAAAUGCUCAUUCGUGCAAUGUAUCAUUUGUUAAGAUCACUCAUACAACAAUUAUGUACUAUUUGCUCAUCUUGUCUAAUAAUUUAAGUAUGGUAUACUUAAUUCACGAACAAUUUACGUUUGGUACGUAUCAAGCUUUAACAAGGUUUUACUUUUCGUUGUAGUUUUUGCAAGAGAAAUUAUACGUCAGUCAUUUGCUGCGUGAAAGAUUUUAUAUGUAUACGUACGUACUUUUACUUCUUCUUUCUUUUCGACGUAAAUAAGCUAAUAUAGCACGUUGUGUCACCACCGAGCAUAGUUACAAUCGAUGCCUUCUAAAUGAAAGAUGGUUUGCCAAGUGUCUGCGAGUCUUUCUUUUAUAAUAGUAUCCUCAUAUCGACUUGAUAAUGGAACAACAACGAAAUUUUAUGCAGAAUAAAACUUAAGAAAAUUCCAGUCCAAUGUUUUAUAAUUGGCCUAGUAGUGACGUAAAAGUAACGUGUAAAAAAGAUCGAGAUCGAGUGUGUCACUGCGUCAUGUUUGGCAAAAAAACGUAAGAAUUUGAUAGAUAAGAUACAUAAAACUCUGUACGCUAUUUAGUAUUUUAACUGAUGUAAAUUAGGUUUUCUACCGUCUGAAUAUCGUGUAAAAUCGCGAGCGACUAAGAUAAAUCAAAAUUUCUGGUAAUUCCGAUGUGCGCGUUAAUAACCGUCUAUACACCUAUACACAAAAAGAUCUAUAUUUCAAGGGUCGAUUUCAAAGGUUUAAAACUUGUACAUUACGUUGUGUGAUUUGAUAAAAAUAAAUGCUUCUGAGACCU